CUGCUGCUGACAAUGCCGUUUCGUCUUGCUCCGCGUCCUCUAGACUAGAAUCGCCGUUUGUUUCGCGCCUUGUUCGCGACGUCAUCGUCUCGCCUUACCGCCACGCGCAGCGGCGCCACCACUGCCUUGCGCGCUGCUCUCGUAGCAUCGCCUGCCGCGUCAUCCACGCCGCUCCGCAUCCGCACGGCCCCCAGUCCACCCGCCUCUCCCACCCACCCGCUCGUCGCCAGCAGCCGCACCAGGCCCGCCUGCCGAACGAGAGCUGCCCUGCCGCCCUCUGGACUUCCGCAUGGUCAGCCCCACACGUGACGUCACGUCGCCCCCAGUCACCUGUCUGCCCUCCGCGCCAUCCGACGCAGCCUCGCAGCCCGCUACUGCGUGGUGCCUCGCGUUUUAACUCCAGUUCUUAUUCGUCCAUUCAGCCUUUGUCAUAUCUCCUCGUCAUCCACCUCCCAGACCAGCUCUCCGCCCGUCCGCCACGCGCCUCUGCUUCCUUCCUUGCUUCCCCCCAUUCCCAUCAUCCCUCUCCCCCGCAACCCCUGUGUAGUCGCGGCCGCCCAACGGCAUGAGCGGGGGAGGGCGCGAGGGGGAGGGGGAGGAGGGGCGCGGGGAGGAGGAGUUCCUGGAGAUGGGCGAGGGGGGCGAGGGGGACGAGGGGGACGACGAGCUGGUGGAGAUCGACAGCGGAGAUGAUGACGUCAUCGCGGCUGACUUUGAUGACGAGGACGAUGCCCCUGCUGAGCUGGCAGACGAUGGCAUGGGGCAGGAGGAGGAAGGGGAGGGGGACGAGGGAGGGCAUGACGAUUCGGUUCACGUCUUCACGGCGCACACAGACAGUGUGUACGCGGUGGCGUGCAGCCCUCUGCCGGGCGGCAGAGUGGCGUCGGGCGGCGGGGACGAGGUGGCGUACCUGUGGACCAUAGGGCAAGCUGAGGACCCCAUCAAGCUGUCAGGCCACGUGGACAGCAUAGCGUCGGUGGAGUUCAGCGGGGACGGGCGGUGGGUGGCGACAGCGGGGCUGGACGGGGUGGUUAUGGUGUGGGACGCCAACACGGGGGAGAGGAGGCACCGCCUCGAGGGGCCGGGGGAAGGGAUCGAGUUCCUGACGUGGCAUCCACGUGGCGCGGUGGUACUGGCGGGGUCGGAGGACCUGACGGCGUGGAUGUGGAAUGCGGAGACAGGCGCGUGCAUGGCUGUCUUCACCGGCCACAGUGCGGGGGUCACCUGCGGGGCCUUCUCCCCGGAUGGCCGGGCGGUGUGGACAGGGUCCACUGACGGGUCGGUGCGCUGCUGGGACCCCAGGACGGCCGCCACCACCGCCACACUCGCAGGCCCCUUGUUCCACACUGACGCCAUCACGUGCCUGGCCAUGGCACCGCAGGGCUCCGUGGGCGCGGCUGGAUCGUCGGACCACAGCGCAGCGCUCUUCGGCCUGCAGCAGCCCAAGGUGCUGGGGAAGCUGACGGGCCACAUGGACUCGGUGGAGGCCGUCGUCUUCAACCCCCUGGGGCCGACGGUGGCGACGGCGUCACUGGAUGGCACUGUGCGCAUCUUCGACAUCAACUCGCUGCAGCUCCGAUCCACAUGCACACACCAGGAUGGGGUGGUGCAGAUGGCAUGGGCACCAGCAGCGCCGCUGCUCGUGACGGCAACGGCUGACGGCGCACUGCAUGUGUGGGAUGCGCGCACGGGGGACAUCCAGAAGACCCUCCGAGGGAACCGAGACGCCGUGCUCUCCCUCGCCCUCACGCCAGACGGAGCAUUCGCUGUGACAGGCUCCGAUGACCAAACUGCCCGUGUCUUCGAGUUGUUGUGACCCACGGCCUUCACCUCCUGCUGCCGCCCUCGAGUUGCUGCUUCUGUUUGUGUAGCAAUUUGAUCAGAUAGGCUCUCUUAUUGUCGAAAGUUGCUCCCUUCCUGUUGUCGAUCGCGGGCAUUCGCCUUUUGCUCUG